UCAAGCUGGGGGGCUUUCCCUGUGUUUACACUUGAUCUAGUGCAGUGUUUCAUGUGUUUUUAGUUUUUAUCGGAACUUUUAAGAUUUCGGACUGAAUUGCACUAGCUCGAUAUCUAGUGGCGCUUAGACUUCUUUCUUGGUUUCUUUCGUGUAAAGGAACAGAGAAAAAAACGUUGAAUAUUACAUAACCGGCCAUCAAGUGGUUUUCUUAAAGACGUUCAUUGAACGCGUCUGGAGAAAAUCGUUACGUACAUCUCGCUUUCGUCGUGGAAAGCGCGAUUGUGGAGUAUCUGGAGACCUGUUGGAUAUCAUUAAAGUCGCCGCUGAUUUUCACUAGUUUGUUUACUAUCAGUCCGUGUGCGAGUCUAGUGGACACUAUUUGUUACGUGAUACUGCCUUCCUACACUAUCUAGACAAGCUCUUCCAUUUUACCUGUGAUCAUUUUAGUUCCAACCCGUAUACGUCAAAAUGUUUUUAUCAAAAUCAACGAAAAGCCUUUCGGCAAUUUUAAAUUGUAAAAAUAAAUAUUCCGUCGCCCUAGCAAAAUUAUUUAAUGAUCUGACAAAAAAUGAGGAGAAAUCUUUUAAACAACGAACUUUCAUGUUGGCUGUGAGUAGACGUAGUACUUUUCAAAUUGAUUUCUGUAAAACCUAUAGUACAAUGACUGACCACCGAAAAUCGAUUGGACCCAAUCGGAUAAAGCCCGCCGAUGACUAUCAUACAGUUGACCGCUUAGGAGUUGUUAAGCUACGAGUUGCAAACGAGGGUCCUGGAGCGGAUGAACCUAUCUCAAUUCCAGGCUUAUUCAAGCGUGCCGUUCGUGAGUUCGGUGAUGUGGAAGCCUUAAAAUUCAAGGAUGACAAAAACGAGUGGCAAGCUAUCACCUACAAGGAAUACGAGAGACGUGUCCAUCACGUGGCCAAAGCCUUCAUAAAAUUGGGAUUGGAGCCUCACAAUGCAGUUGGAGUGUUGGCAUUCAAUUGUCCUGAAUGGUUCCUAUCACAAUUGGGCGCCGUGCAUGCUGGAGGCGUAAUCGCCGGUAUUUAUACCACUAAUGGUCCUGAUGCCGUGCUUCAUGUCCUGGAAAGUUCACAUGCAAAUAUUAUUGUGGUUGACGAUGCCAAGCAAAUGGAGAAAAUUCGACAGAUCCGACAUAAAUUGCCGAAUUUGAAGGCAGCGAUACAGAUUCAGGAGCCCUACGAACCAUAUGUACAGAAAAGCGAUGGUUAUUAUCGGUGGUCGGACAUUGAACAUAUGAACGUGGACGGUUUGGAUCAGGAGCUGAAAAAUCGCCUGGAAAAUAUCGUAAUCAAUGAGUGCUGCUGUUUGGUGUACACAUCCGGAACAGUUGGAAACCCUAAGGGUGUCAUGAUAAAUCACGACAAUCUCACCUGGGAUGCCCGUGCCCUUGCUAAAGUCAUACCAAAUGUAACUCCAGGAAAUGAAUCAAUCAUUUCGUAUUUGCCACUGAGUCAUGUGGCAGCUCAAAUUCUCGACAUUUUCCUGUCAAUGGUGCUCGGAGCUACAGUACAUUUUGCCGACAAGGAUGCUCUGAAGGGAAGUCUAGUAAGAACCAUGCAGGAAGCUCAACCGACUCGAUUCAUGGGUGUGCCACGUGUUUUUGAAAAGAUCCAGGAACGACUCAUGUCCAUUUCGGCUCAGACGACGGGAGUGAAGAAGAUGCUGUCGAAUUGGGCCAAGGACGUUGCCUUACAACAUCAUAUGAACUCGCUGGAGGGGAAAAACUCAGAAAGCUGCCAGUACAAAAUUGCGAAAUACCUUGUUAUGUCCAAGAUUCGAAGUGCAUUGGGAUUGAAUCGUUGUUGGACAUUUUGCAGUGCAGCCGCGCCCAUCUCAUCUGAUACCAAAAAAUACUUCCUUAGUUUAGAUUUGAAGAUUUGCGAUGCAUUUGGUAUGUCUGAGACAGCCGGUUGUCAUUGCAUUUGUCCCAAUGAUAUACCAUCGCUGGACACUAUUGGUAAGACCUUGCCUGGAGCUGAAACCAAAGUUUUAAAUCCUGACGAACGAGGUCAUGGCGAGCUUUGCAUCCGUGGCAGACACGUUUUCAUGGGUUACAUAAAUGAUCCCGAGAAGACAGAGGAGGCUUUGGACAACGAUGGCUGGUUACAUACUGGCGAUGUUGGGUACAUUGACGAGAAAGGGUUCAUUUAUAUAACCGGAAGAAUCAAGGAGUUGAUUAUUACAGCUGGUGGGGAGAAUAUACCACCCGUACACAUUGAGUACCUAGUUAAAACCGAAUUGCCAAAUAUCAGUAACGCGUUUUUGAUCGGUGAUAAGAAGAAAUUCCUAACAAUGUUUGUAACUCUUAAGACUGAAAUGGAUGCCGAAACUGGUGCCCCAACAGACAAUCUUAGCAAGGAGUCAAUAUCAUGGAUGGAGUCCUUGGGGGUCUCCCACAAAACCGUAAAAGAUGUGUUGAAUGCCGGGCCUUGUCCAAAAGUUUUGAAGGCCAUUCAGGAAGGAAUCGAUGCUGCCAACAAGCAUGCCAUCUCCAAUGCCCAACGCAUCCAAAAAUUCUUAAUUCUACCCCAAGAUUUCUCCGUACCUACAGGUGAACUAGGACCAACUAUGAAAGUCAAACGGAAUGUUGUCGUGAAAAAAUAUAGCGAUCUAAUUGACAAAUUCUAUGCUGAGUAGGGGAUGAAUAGCUUUAAAUCUGAUUUGUUAUAAUACGUAGCAUCCUGACAUCAUAUCACAGCCACUCGCACCCAACAUUGAUCAUAUUCUUUUGUUGUAUCCGUACCUACGUAUGUGUAAUUACUUUAAUUUUAUUUGUAAGUUGAAAAGUGUGGGCUUCAGUUUAUCACCAAUAAAAGGGUAUCACAUUCAUACACUGCGGGAAAUGUCCACUAGACUUUGUGUAAUCACAGGGAAGAAAAUUUUAGAUAUUUUCUGAAAGAGGUUUCCUUAAGAGAAAAGUAAACUUUACGUCUAAAUAUUUA